UUCUUCUUUGUUUUCCUCCGAUUCGUUCCAUAUUUGAUUGAAGGUGCAGAAAAAUGUCCAAAUCAGUUGUGCGCGACAGAUGAGCCAAUAACUCGAUAUCCUUUUACUUUAAAAAAUCGCGGUAGCGAGGUAUGUGGUUCCCCCUGUUAUGAACUUAAUUGCGAUGAAAUGAAUACAACAGUACUAGAGCUGCCAUUCUCCGGUAAAUUUUUCGUUCGAAAUCUUCAUACCUUUCGGCAGAAGAUUGAAAUCUACGAUCCAGAUAACUGCCUCCCCAAACGUAUUUUGAAGUUGAACCUUUCAGGCACAGCUUAUCAUCUCGGCGAGCUUGGUGUUUCAUAUCAGAAGUAUUCCAUCCUUAACUGCUCUGCAUCGAUCGAUGAUCUUCUUAAAAUGACAACAAAGUUGACAUACAUCCGUUGCCUAAGUAGUUCCACACACACAGUUAUCGUUACAGAUGUUUCGACUGCAAAUAUAGUUCUCCUCAAUACAAGUUGUUUGCAUAUUGCUGAUGUUCCAAUCCCAUAUUCACCGGUUCAGAAGGGCGUUCCCGUUGAUUUGAAUGAAAAUUUUGUUCUGUCUUAUCUAACUUGUAAAAAGAAAAGUAAUCGAAUGGCAAUUAUCGUAGUAAGUCUUGUCUGCAUUUUCAUCGGAUUGCCAUGUCUAUUAUUCCUUAUACUAUGGUGCUAUCUUUGGCAUCGCUCCGGCUCCCAAGGGAGCAGCACCCGUGUGAGCAUGCGGUGCUUCUUCACAUGUGGUGACGGAUAUGGCGAAUAAAAUAAGUGUUCUGUGAACAACUAACAGUUAAUAGUGAUUAUAGUGGGGGAGGGAGAAAUCCACGCACUUUUAUUGUCAUUGGAAUGUUUACACAACUCUACGUAUAUGUAAAAGAUGAAUGUAAUCUUGAAUAUUAAACCUCAU